AUGCCAAGUUUUAGUGUAUGGAAGUACGCGUUGCCGCCAAAUUAUGAUCGAAACGUCAACAAAAUUUAUCCUUAUUCUGAGGUGCCUUUCUUAGGGGAAUAUAACCUUGUAAAAAUUCCGGUAUCACCUUACAAAUUUGUAGAUCACAUCGAUUAUUGGGGCGAAGGAAGAAUAGAAGUAACUGCUGGAUGCAGUGGUUUUACUAAUUGUUAUAAUAUUAAUCAUGUCCACCAAGUUGUCAGCAAUGGUCCUGAUGCGAACAGAAAAAUACCAAACAGAAUUCCAGUAAUCAGCUUUACAAACUGUGACACUAGUAGUUACAUAGAAGACAACUCUGUUGAACUUAUCACAGUAAUGGGUGCUCCAAUUAACACCAGUUGUGCUGAAGACAUUGGAAGAAUAAUUAACAAUGAUGUUGGUAAAGUAGUAGUUUUUGGUUUUGAAGAGGAUUCAGCGAACAUCAAAAACCUGGAAAGUGAAUUGACAAAGAAGGCUUUAGUUUACUGCGAAGACUUUAGCUUGCCCAGUAAGCUACUAGAUUUAACUUUAUUUGAUAGUCAUAGAGCUUAUUUGAAUUUAACGGAUAUGAGCGACUGUUUGUACAAAAAUAUUGUGGAAAAAAAAUAUGAAAAUGCUGUGUCCAAAAGCAAGUUACUCCAUGACAGUAAUAAUGGCAGUGUUAUUUCUGACACAGUUAGUAAACUACUCAAAGAAAGACAACAAAAUAUUUGGAGUUAUGCAUAUAAACUAUGGAAUUCGAAUGAAAAAUCUCUGAUUACAAACUAUUUUCCUCAACAAUUUCAGGCAAUUUUUAACGGAGACUAUGUCACGAUUGUAAAUAAGAGAAAUAAUCUUGCAAUUAAAUUGGAUGCUAACACAGAUUCGUAUAACGAUAGACUUGCUUGGGGAGAUAGUCAAGAUAAAACAAGCAAUAGAGUUAUUUGGAAAUUUAUUCCUAUAUGGCAAAAUAAUUCUGUAACAUUCAAGAUUAUUAAUAUCGAACAUGGAAUGUAUUUAAAACUUGAUGUUAACACUGAUAACAUCGGAGAUCGAAAAGCGUGGGGAGACAAUAACUCGAAUGAAGAACGAUUUGAGUGGAUUUUAGUGCCAGUUAUGAUUAAUUAUGAGUUAAUAUUUUUAAUUAUCAAUAAACGUUACAACCAAGGGCUCAAAUUAGACGCAAAUGUUGACGAAUAUGGUGAUAGAAUUUUAUGGGGACAUAAUGGUUCUGUUUCUCACGAUCCUAAUUAUUUUGGAUGGUAUAUUAUGUACUGGCGAACUAAUUAA